UGCCGCGAGGCCGUGUUGUGCUGCCGCCACUAGCCUCUCACUAUUAUAUCUCUCGCGCGAAUACACGAGAGAGAAAAGUCGAUCCUUGUAUUCUCGCGGCGGCGGCUCAUGUGCACCACUCGUCGCGCGUACUGCAGCAGCAGCAGAGACGUUUCAGUGACGCCACGGCCGUCAGCGAUACUCGCUCGUAAAUGCCAUAAUAUACAUAUAGUGCAUGCACAUCUCUCUCCAGUGCAGUUUCAUCGUUGCUCUUGACUGCUCGAGUGUUUGUGUACGCGUGUAUGUGUUAUAUGUGUGCGUUUGUGUAUGGUACACACGGGAGCUGCGCACCGCGGGGCAGUCAGCUCUGCAAUACAUGUAAUCUGGUGCAGUGUGCAGUCGGUCGGCCCGAGCUGCAACAGCAGCAGCAGCAGCAGUAGUGUCCGAUGUGCAGUGUAUUGUGAGUCCGUGAGUAUUUUUCUACUACCGAUGCGAUAGAGGAGAAGAAGAAGAAGAAGUGCACGCAAACGUGUGCGCGCGGCGCGGCUAUUUUCUUUCGGCCUCGUCUCUCGUGUCUCCGUGUAUACGUGAUUUUUUGUUGGUCAUUGUUGUUGUUUGUAUCGGAUCUGUGCGAGUGAUAUAUAACACCCGAAUUGGCGUGAAUGGCGUCUGGCGAGCCGUGAGACGUCUGCGAAAAAGGGAGUCUACUCUCGGGCGGCAGUUGUCGUCCAGUGCAGCAGCACACAGAUCGUUCACCUUACAUAGGGAUCUCUGCGCUUCUGCCGUUUCAUUGAAAACAACUUUCUGCAGCAGCGAUUUCGUAAUAGUCGGGCGAUGAAAGAUGGUAGCGCGAAGCAGCCUCGUGUACGAGGAACUGGCCGCUGCCCCUACGCCGGCUCUGCGCUCGUCCUCGGAGGCCAACAGAAGCUGACCCCAGCCGCCACGUAGCUUGCUAUUCGCCACGAACAGCAGCAGCGGCAGCAGCGACAAUAAUAACAAAAUGGCAACUAGCCGUGGAGGAGGAGGCGGCGAAGAUCGUCAAGAAACCUUCGGACCGCUGCAGAUGUAUCAGCCGCUGCCGCAGGACGGCCUGCAGCCCGAGAAGGAGCCCGUGGAGUUCGACUGUCGUCAUCUGCGCGGUGCCCCGGCCGAGGUCGAGUCCCUGGUGCGCAACAUCGAGCAGGUGGCCCAGCAGUUUCUCUAUCACUGGAAGACCUUUCCCAUCGUCUUGCCCGUGGGCUUAUCGUCUCAACAACAUCAACAGCAGCAGCAGCACAACAAUGUCGUCGCGGCCAACAACGGCGAGGACAGUCUGGUGCGCGGCGCCAGCAAAAAGUACCAUCAGCAGUACCAUCUGCGCGACAUGUUCGUCGCGCCGAGCUUCGACGAGCUCGACGCCGUGGCAGUCGACGUCAAGGGCGAGCCCCGCAGGCUCACCAACAAGCAGCUCGAGAGCAUCAGAGAGCGAGGCUUGCACAAGGAUAAGUACGGGAAGCCAAAGAAGCUCAAUGCCGCUCAGCUGGAGAGCAUUCGAAGAUACGGGGAGUUCGAGGUGGAGUCUCUCAACUUUCCGGGCCAGCAGCAUCGCUGGCGUCUGAGCGGACUGUUGCAGCGGGGCCGCGACCGGAGACGCGAGGCGCUGCUGCGCGAUCUCGCGCUGGCCGCCCGCUUCAUCGUCGUCACCGCCAAGAAUCGACUGGUCUCGCACUGCUUCAGCGUGCGCGAGUCCGCGAAGGCGCUCGUGGCGGGCACGCUGCGACUGCUCGACAUCUGCGUCGGAGUGCCGUCCCUCGAGGCCCAGUAUCUCGAUCACAAGAUCGCCGAGGAGCGAUGCAGAUACCUCGUCGCCGAGCUCGUUUGCAAGGCCGAGUACGACGACUCGCUGGAGCUGCUCUGCGGCUUCGUGCGUCGCCAGCUGCAGCGCGCCGCCACGGAGAAGUUCGAGGUGGAGCUCGAGGCCCAGAUGCUGCCCGUGCCCGUGCCCUACGUGUUCGGCACGCCGGGCGGCGCCUCCGUGGAUCUGCGCCUCUUCAAUCGCAACACCAUCAAGAAGGCCCUGCCCACCCUGGUCGGCAUACUGGAGCGUGAGACGCGCGGCUGGUUUCUGCACUUCCGCGAGAAGCUCAUCUCGGAGCUGAGAGCACAGAAAAAGAGCGACGAAGAGAUCGAGCGAGAAGUCAACGAAGCGGUUAUGCGCGAGUACCUGCACCGCGUCUACACGUCCAUCCUCUCGCAUCCGGACAUCGCGGCGCUGGGCGAGGGCGUGGCCCAGCUGCUGGUGCAGCAGGCCCAGUCGGUCGUGCUGAUGCAUCGCGCGGUGGACAACGUGCAGCGCAAACUGGCCAAGACCAAGCAGAGCCUGAGGGAGCGCAUCGAGCGCGAGCACCCGGUGCUGUCGCGCAUCGGGCCCUGGAUGAGGGACAGGAUGCGCGAGGCCGAGGCGAGCUUCAUCGAGGAGUGCGAGUGGAGCGCCCACGAGGAGGCGAUCGCCCUCUGCGCCCAGCACAAUCUCCAGCAGACCUGCUACUUUCUCAACAGGGAUCUGAUAUUCAUGAAGGAGAGAGAACCGGUCCUGCUGAAAGAGCUCAAAAAAGUCAAAACGCCAACGAGGAGCUUCCAGUGGCCCACGCAGAUCUGGCUGCCGAAGAACUGGAUCGUCCGCCGGAGCUUUCAGGGCCAGUCGGAGACCAUACCCACGGUGCUGAGCAGCACCCCGACGUCCAUCACCACGCCACGCGCCGACCCGAGUCAGCCCGUGUUCCUCGUGGAGCGCGAGAUCGUGCGCACGACCACGACCCGCUGGCCCCUCUGGCGCUGGAUCAAUUACGUGUCGCGCACCUGGUGCUGGACCUGGAACGCCAUGUUUCUGUUCGGCGUCGCCGUGCCCUGGUGCUCGCCGUUCUCGCUGCGGGCGCUGCUGCUCAUGCAGCCGUUCACGCCCGAUCUCGAGCUCAGUCAGCUCAACGGGACGCUGUUCCCGCGCAAAUCGUCGCAGACGCCCACGCUGCACUCGCGCCUCAUCACGCUCUGGCGUCACAUAAGCAAGAGUCGAACGCACUUCGAGACGGAGCCCGACACGGGCUUCAUCGGCAAGGGCAUGACUCGACACAUCAAUCGGCUCUGGAACUACGGUGCCAAGGGCUUCGUCGGCACUCUCGUCAUUCUGUUCCUCUUCCCGCUGGCCUGUCUGCUCAUAAGCUUCGCCUCGCUCUUCGUCGCCGUCACGGCGUUCGCCUGGAUGCCGCUCGUGACGCUCGCCCUGCACGCCUUCAUGGCCCUGUUCGUCGACCUGGACAGCCCGGAGGCCGGCCGAAAUCGCUACCUCGUCGUGCUGGAGGCCCUCGCCUGGGACAUAGGCAUACAGGGCUUGCUGCAGCCCGUGGCCGCGAUCCUGGUGGCGGCCUUGGUCUGUCCGCUGAUCUCCUUCCUCAUACUCACGGUGGCGGUGAUACGCUACGGCGUGGGCAUCGUCUGGGACACAGCCAUGUUUCAUCUGCUCAUCAAGAGCCGCGGACGCAUACCCGCGAGCGACAGUUUCGUGGUCAAGAGAAUAGCCGGGCCGGGCUUGGCAUCGGAUUACUAUUAUCAAAUAAAACCAGAGCAAGCGUUGGCUGCGUUCGAGGCGAAACUCGAGCUCGACGAGCUGCACGCGUUUCAGCAGGAGAUGGAACGGCUGAUCACGCAGCCGCAGCGCGACUUCACGCAGUUCGUCGAGGCCUGCUUCGGUCCCUUCGCCGCCACGCUUGAAAAGACCAAGGAGCCCUACAAGUCGCUCGAGAAGGAGGCCAAAGAUCUCGUGUCGGCGCUGCACGAGAAGCUGGAUCGACGCCGCAAGGAUCUGCAGUCGGGCCUGGGCGUCUCGGUGCGCAGCAAGAUCAAGCUGUCCACCUACGAUCUCAAGGUGGCCAUACAGCAGGGCGCCAUGAUGCUCGAGCGAUUCUAUCCGCGGCACGUGUUCGCUCGCAUGCAAGCCCACAGCAACGAGGACGACUUCUGGGAGAGCAAGGGUCUGGGGCCCUCGGACUGGGCCGGCCUCGCGGGCCUCAUGUACGCCGACAUAUUCAGUCUGGAUUUCCUGCAGCCUCUCGACGAGGUCGACACCAAGUUCAAGCUCGAGCCCCAUCCGGCCGUGGAUCUGCAGAGAUACACGGACAUGGUGCAGAACACCGAGCUCGGCGGUGGCGUGAACGGUCCCGAUCUGUUGGGAGCGAUUUACGCGCCGAGAGGCAACAUACAGGUUCACAGUCCGCAUCUGUCCAUUACUACGUUCCAUCCGCGAGCUCAUCCUCCGAGCAGUCACAGAAAGCACGACAAGCGAAACGACACGAUCAGUCAACUUACACAAACGCGUUUCCGUCGUCGCACGAUACUCGGCACGAACACGGGCAGCAGUCAUCACGGGGGCCGCGACGGUGGCCGCUGGCAGCCCUGGAAACGCCACCAGAGGCCCUACACCGCCGACAAGCUGGAGAUCCCGCUGCCCAUACCGCAUCCGGCCUACAUCGCCGUGACGAUUUACAAUCGCGACACCGAGGAUCCGAUCGCCCUGGACUCGGACAUCUGCGAGCACAUCUUGCGCUCGAUCGAGGACGCCUCGGGCGAGAUGGCUCUGGACGGUGGUGUCUUGGCCGGCAGAUAUCACGGCGCGGACUCGAGCUUCGACUCGGUGGCCUCGCAAUCGUCCAUGUCCAUCGAUACGGCUCUGGACAAAAUCGACGAGGGCCAAUCGCAGGGUAGAGCGGCGGCGACGGCGGAUGCCGACAACGAGAAAGAGACAGAAACGUAUCAUUGGACGCUGUCCAACUGGGGCGGCGGCAUGGCACGGCGUCGCAAUAACUCAGGCUCGGUCAAGGUCGAUCUGGCCUCGCCCGAGGACGUGACUCUGGAUACCGACAGUACGCGCGUCAUGUUCAGCAAUUACGGCACGACCGUCUAGUUUAUUAAGUCUUAGUUUAUU